AUGCAAAAACCGAUAAGCAAGAAGCAAAAAAAAAAACAAAAAGCAAAAAACGAAAUGAAAAAUCUAAAAGGAAAAAGCAAUAAGCAAGAAGCAAAAAAAAAACAAAAAACAAAAACCAAAAAGCGAAAAGCUAAAGGCAAAAAGCAAAAGGCCAAAAGCAAAAAGCAAAAAGAGAAAGCAAAAAGC